CAUCAUACUGUUGAUAUCUGGCGCGCUUUUUAGUUUUUACACAACAGUUUCCGCUAAUUUCCUGCGUUCUAGGGUUUCAAAUUUAAUGCAAUGUUAGAUUUUCCAUCCAGACUUCUGUAGCUCAAUCUCUUAACGCCGAAGAGAUGGUGGGCGCUUUCUCGAGAUGUCUUGGUGCCUGCAGGCUUCUCCAGGGCGGAAGAGAGUUGGUCCCAAGCUUCGCUGCCCGUAAGCUGGCGCCGUCCCGUUUCGAUGGUUCCGUCGUUACCGCCUGUGCUGCAGCGGCGAAUCUGGAGAGGGAGAGGGAUCGAAGUGGGGGAAGAGUGUUCGAGAUUGGAGGUGGUUCAUUCGGUGGUAGGUUCCCGUUCUGUAAUUUUUACAGUUUUGAGACAUUAGAAGGUGGACGCUUGGGAACGGUUUACGGUUCUUUGAGGGGUUACACUCCAGAAAGAGCGAGGUCAUCAAGCGAACUGAGAGAUUUGCAGAUAAGGCAUGCUUUGUUCUCCACCUCAGCUGGUGAUGUGGCUGCAAAAGGUCCAGCUGGUGGGACUAAGAAGGAGGUUCAAAAUGAUAAAAUUCGGAAUGAAUCUACUGAUGACCGAAUUGCUGACAUGCAAAUCCUUCGGACCCUUAUGAGGUAUUUGUGGCUAAAGGAUAACUUUGAGUUCCGCUUGAGAGUGAUGGUGGCAUUAAGUCUCCUCGUUGGGGCAAAGGUUUUAAAUGUCCAAGUGCCUUUCCUAUUCAAGAUUGCUGUGGAUUGGUUAUCAGCAAUAACUAGUUCUGGUGAUUCUCUAUCAUCUUUCAAUGAAAGUAAUUCAAUGCUACUGGCAUUUUUUGUGAGCCCAGCAGCUGUUCUAAUAGGCUACGGAAUAGCAAGAACUGGGUCAUCAGCCUGUAAUGAACUGAGAAAUGCUGUAUUUUCAAAGGUAGCACUGAGAGCUAUCCGCACUGUUUCUAGGAAGGUGUUUGCACACUUGCAUGACCUCGAUCUUCGGUAUCAUCUAAGCCGUCAAACUGGAGCAUUGAAUCGCAUAAUUGAUCGAGGAAGCCGGGCAAUUAACUUUAUUUUGUCAUCGAUGGUAUUCAAUGUUGUACCAACCAUUCUUGAGAUUGCUAUGGUAUCAGGUAUUCUUGCAUACAAAUUUGGAGCUACUUUUGCUUGGAUCACUUCACUCUCUGUUGCUGCCUAUGUUGCUUUUACUUUAGUAGUGACUCAGUGGCGAACUAAGUUUCGACAAGUGAUGAACAAAGCUGAUAAUGAUGCUAGUUCAAGGGCAAUUGAUUCUCUGUUAAAUUAUGAGACUGUCAAGUUUUUCAACAAUGAAUCGUUUGAAGUUGCAAAAUAUGACUCGUAUUUAAAGAAGUAUGAAGAUGCUGCAUUGAAAACUCAAAGCAGUCUUGCUUUUCUGAACUUUGGCCAAAAUAUUAUAUUUAGCACGGCGCUUUCUGCAGCAAUGGUCUUAAGUUCCUACGGGAUUAUGAGUGGUGGCUUGACAGUUGGUGAUUUGGUAAUGGUGAACGGGCUCCUCUUCCAGCUUUCGUUGCCUCUCAACUUUCUUGGAAGCGUUUAUCGAGAAACUAGACAAAGCCUUAUUGAUAUGAAGUCUAUGUUUCAAUUGCUUGAGGAGAGACCUGAAAUCAAAGAUGAAAGCAACGCAAAGAUAUUAAACUUGGCUGGAGGGUGCAUUGAAUUCAGGGAUGUGCAUUUCGGAUACCUUCAAGAACGCAAGAUUCUUGAUGGAGUUUCGUUCCUUGUGCCUGCAGGAAGAAGUGUGGCCAUUGUUGGGACAAGUGGCAGUGGCAAAUCCACCAUACUCAGACUUCUGUACAGAUUUUUCAAUCCUGAUUCUGGAUCU